CGGGUCACUAUGGUAACUGAACGCUGAGAGACUUCUUACGGUCAACUGAGGGUAAAGUAGACUCAGCGUUUGCUAGAAGAUAAAACAGAGGUACCUCGCUUAUGAAAAAGUAAACAUAGCCUUUAAAGGGCAAAAGCAUGACGGACAAACUUGAAGACUUCGACAGUUUUUUGCAAAAUGUUGACAAAAUAAAUGAGAUAGUGAAGGAUCUAAACUCUUCUGAUGUCGAAGUUCAGCAAAAAGCAAUGGAGAAAGCUGACUGCCACAUUGCUGGCUUGGAUGAACCCUGCAGGACAAAAGUCAACAAGACUACAGUCAACACAAACCCACAACUUCAGCCCUCCUGGAGUCUGCAGAAUGGAAGUCCAGAUAAUUUCAUGAAGAUUAUGGAGAGAGAUGCUGAAGACAGGAGAGUAAGGAGAAUGGCAAGAGUGAAAAAGGCAACAGCACUCAAAGAAAAGGGCAAUGAAGCUUAUGCUCGGGAAGAAUAUGAAACUGCUGUGCGGUAUUACAGUGAUGGCUUGGAUGAACUACGAGACAUGCAGCAAUUGUACACCAACCGAGCACAAGCCUUCAUCAAGCUGGGAAGGUACGAAGAGGCCAUCAGUGACUGUGAAUGGGCCUUGAAGUGUAAUGAGAGGUGCAUAAAAGCUUACUUACACAUGGGAAAAGCAUAUCUGGCUUUGAAGAAAUAUAAUGAGUGUAGAAAUUGCUUUGAAAGGAUAGUGGAAAUUGAACCUUGGAGGCAGAAGAUGAUUAAAGAAUACCUGACCCAGGUGGAUCUGGAAGAGGAGAGAGAGAGUCAGGAGUUGCAUGCAAUGCAAGAGUUUGACAAGGGAGAUGUGAAGGCCACAACAGUGCCCCAGCUGCUGGAGAAGCUGUCAAGGCCUGGCCAUAUGCCCUUCUACUACUAUGGAGGAUUUGAGAUUCUGUCAGAAGCAGUUACAGACUGUACAGGCCAGACCCUUUUCAGACUGAACAAUGGCUUUAGUGUCAUCAGCAGCAAUGACAUGGUGAGGAGUUGCCUCAUGCAGAAAAUGGAGGAUCCACACAGCCAGGAGUUGUGUGUGUCUGUUCUGAAAUUAUGGAGGGUUGUUUGUAGUGGAAAUGAUGAAAACCAGAAGAUGUUGAUGAGAUGCCCAGUCAGCAGAGAGUCCAUUGUUGACUUAUUAACAUCAGAGCAUGUUGCAGUACGGAAAGAAUGCCUGACAAUACUUUGUCUGUACUCGCAGAUGCCACAUGGCAGGCGUUUGGCCAUCGACAACUUGAAUGUGCACAUGUUAGUGAGGAACCUCAUGGUGUGCAUCACAAGGCAGGAGCAGCAGCAGGAGAACACAGCAGUCAACAUUUUGGAGAACUUUGCAGCAGAAAACAAAUUUUGCAUUCAGUUAAGGAAUGCCUUGACAGAGUCUGUCAUUUUUCCGUUUACAACAAUACUGAGAAAUAUCAGCAAGUCAAAUCAGCAUGUCCUCCCAUCACUGAUAUCAGCUGUUGGCCGUCUGACACAAGAUGACAUCAUCUGUCACAGUUUUGCUCGUGAUCCAGAGUGUUGGAAAGCCUUUGUGCUCGCCAUUAGGCAGUGCAGUGCAUGUGAAUACAAAGAAGUCCUUUACUCUAUGCUUGGUUUGCUUAUCAACCUCUCAACUAUCACUUCUCCAGUCAUUCAGGAGCAUGCUGUUUCACUGUGUGACUGCUGUCUGGGCCUGCUGAGGGAUAAAGAUGGAGGCGUCGUAACUAGAGCCACAGGCGUGCUGAGCACCGUCCUCUCUCAGUCGUCUGAGGCUCUUCAGCAUGUUAUUCAGGGGGAUGUGGUUCGGAUCUUAAGCCGGCUGCUGAAGGGAACAGGGCAGAGUGCCACCAAGUACGCCAUUAAGACUCUGACAGUGUGCACUGCUGCCAGUCGCUUGGCACGGGAGGAGCUGCUGAAGACUGAUAAAAAACUGUCUAUUUUGCGUCAUUUGCUCGGUUCCAGCUGUGAUGAGAUGGUGUCAGGAAAUGCCUGCUUGUGCUUGGCCUACUGCCUUGAGUUAGAAGGAAUUGCUAGCAGCCUGCUGGGCACUGAUAUUGUGCCACUGCUACUGCGCCACGCUGCAGGGGACGCUAAGAGGACAGCUGUGCAGCAAAAUGCAGCCAUUGCUCUUGGGAAGCUGUGUCGAUCUGAGCCCAGACAUGUGAACAAACUUCGAGAACUACACGGCCUUGAGAUCCUACACUCCUGCAUGAAGCUCUUCAGAUGAUCUCACGAACACACAGCAGUUUUGUUUUGAGAACAAAACUUCACUCAAAGAACUACCUGCUGGUAUUCGUAUAAUCCUUUUCUUUUUGUUCAAACUCUUAAUUCAUUGUUAAUAAUGUGAUUUUUUUUAAGAAAGAUAAGGCUGUCUUGAGAAUAAUCAAAAAUUGGUUUAAUUUGAAUAAGAUUCUGUUUCUAAUUGCUUAAUCUACAUAAAAGUCAUAACUAUUAGCAAUGUUCUUGGCUGCCCUUGUUUUUCACGCCCAGGUGAAUUUGUAUGGUAAAUUACCCUGAAUAAUCUGAAUAAGUGUGGAUUUGGGGUGUUCGGAGGUGUAAGUGCAGUCAUUUUUAACAACUUUGUCUUUUAUUUGCAUCAUUUUCAUGAAUACAAUAUAUUCAUAUUGUACAACAUAAAACAAAAUAUUUGAUAUGAAAAUAUGAUUUUUUUCCCAAUGUUUUUUUUUUUUGAACGACUAUAUAAUAGAACCUAUAAUAGAAUACACCAAUUAAACAAACAGUCACCCCGGAUUUGAAGAGUUCACUUGUGUGACUGUUGGAUUCUGAAGGACUGAUAUCGAUCAGGCAGUAUUAACAUGCUGAUGGUAUUUGAAGUGAAAUGUGGGAUAGAGUGGUGUAUCCCUGUGGUUUAAGCCUUUUCAUAGAGAUAUAAACAUCCAAGGUCUUUUUCUUAUUAUUCUGCCAGACAUAAACCUGAAGGAGAUCCUGCUUUUGGUCAUGUGUGCGUGUCUUUCAUACUACUGGACCCAUCAGCCUAAUAUUUUUUGUGCACAUUCAUGACUGUGUGCUCAAGGGCUUCUCAUGGUUGCUGUGAUUCACAAUUAAAAAAUAAAUAAAUAAAUAAAUAAAUAGGCAUAGAAAGACAUUUUUGGCAGCUGGCCAGGGUAACAUGAAGUUUAUGUAGUGUGUUGCAAACCACAUUUUGGACUUUCUGGUAAAAAAUACAUUAAUAAAAAGGUUUGGUCUUAUCUUGAACUGCAGCAUCUGCAGAUUAAUUACAUUAGCUGAACAAAUCCAUUUUUGUUUGCUUUGCCAUCAUCUUUACUGUACGCCUGAUGAAGAGCUGCACUUUACUGAAUGUCUUCUUCAAGUUUACCAUGAAGUUCAAAUAAAUUGCAUGAACUAAGCAGUGAUUAAACUCUGCUGGCUUUUGGUAUUUUUCUUAUUUUUACUUUCUCACAUGUGUAGUCAGUCUUUCUUUAAAUGUAGCUUCCAAAGAGGUGCAGUUGAGUGUAAACUGCUGAUAAAAAAAUGUUUUUCAUCCUUGUUUGGAUUCUUGUGGUGGAACUACUGAGGGCGACAAAUCAUCUCAAAUAUACAAAUUUGGAGUUUAAAAACUGUUUGCAGCUAAAUUUUGGGUGUUUCAUAUCUGCACGUCUUUGAAAUAUGAGGAUGACUUGUAAACUUAGAAAAAGGGCUGGGCCCAGGAAUUUAAAGUGGGGCCGUGCUGUGUGACAACAACUUAUAAUGCCAGUAUAAUAUUUGCAAACCCGCCAUGAUGGCUUGUACAGCACACCGUGACAGACAAGUAGAAUUACAUUAUUUCUGAUUUGUUACUCCUCUCUUUUCAACAAGCCACCUUACUGGCUAACUUCUGUAUUGAUCAGAAUAACAGUAUAAACUCUUUCUUUUUAAGAAACAGUGUUUUCAUGUUCAGUAAUAACAGUCGAUUCAUUAGUGAGAACAUUUCAGCUUUACGUGCGUUUUCUGAAUUUCAUAACCAUAUUUCAAAGAUUUGUUUGCUUCUCUAGCAUGGGCAAUAUCAAUCCUGUGUGAAUGCUGUGCUUUGACCACACUGAAUUAUAGCACCUAUAGUUCUGGACUAUGUUUAUGUUGUUUAUGUCUUUUUAAUCAUUAGAUGGCAAGGCUUCUGUAUCUGAAUAUUUGAGAAAUGUUUGUUUUCAACUCCAGUGAACCCAUUAAGAGCUUCUGCAGCAUUGGGCGAACAUGCCUGGAGCAGAAUUCAGUAUAGAUCCAAAGUAUAGACUCAUUUUCAACUUGUUUUUAUUCCAAAACAAGCACAAAAUCUAUGCAUUAUAAAUCCCUGGAUUGUUUGUGAUAAGAAAGGAUAAAAGGAUUAGUUUGUUAUUGCACUUCAUCCAUUAACAUAUUAUCUUUUGGCAGCACAUAGUCAUUGUCAUUCAGCAGUUCAGAUCUGUUCACAGCACUUUAUUCCCAAUCCAGUGCUUACAAAAUGCUGUGAAACCUUAUAAAAGCAUUUACUGUACGGUCCCUAAAAGGGAGAAGCCUACUGACUUUGACAACCUCGUGACUUUUUCAUCUACUACCACCACGAGGUUGAAAAGUAGUUAUAAAGCAACAUUUUCUGCAGGGACCGCCAUGAAUUUUGGCACAGACAUGGAGGGUGGCCAAAGGGUGCAUCUUUAACGACUUCACUAAUGAUUUCCUUAUCGUUCCCCUCAUCACCACCUGCAGGUCAGUUUUUAUUUAUUCAUUUAAGUAUCUCAACAUCUACUGGACGAAUUGGCACAAAAGGUUGUACAAACAUUGACGUUCCCAUCUGGCCCAGCUUUAGUUUGUGUUUAGGGCUAAUUAGCAAACGUUAGCAUGCCAACAGGCUAAACAGUUCCAGCCUAGUCAAGCGAGCAUGAACUGAUGAAGCCUCUUGGAUGAGAGGUGAAACGUCUUCAAAGACAAAUAACUAAGUCCAGUUGCGUUCGAUUGAAUUUCCUUGAGAUAACCAUGACCUGGAUGAAUGAGAAUAUUCACAGGCCUAAACAAAAGACGCCUACCAAAAUCCUGUAGACUCACUUGCGUGACUGUGACUCUUUGAACUUCGUUCACCUGU